AUGACUUGUAAUACCAUUCGUUGGUGUCCGUCGCAUCUAUCAUUCGAGUUUUUGCCGCAGAUAAAUCUCUAUUUUACAAUAGAUGAAGUAAGUGAAAAUGAAUACAAUGAUAGAAUAGGCAUACAAUACAAUUGUCUUCGACUUCCUUCGAAUUUAAAAGAUGCAAGUAUAACUCAACAGAUCUCAUCGUAUUGUAUGAGUGAAUCAUCAAGACAGUUUCACAUUGAACAUGAUAUACCAUCAUUCUCAUUUGUUGAUCUUGCAAAAAAAAAGGUCACAAGUGAAAAUUUAUUUAUCUGGUCAGCACCACUUGACAUUGUUGAACAAUACCAAAUGUAUUUAGAAACAAACGAUUCCUCCUUAGAAAAACAAAGCUUCUACAAUUGCACGUUACCAAGAUUUGGGCCAAUGUGUCAAUAUGAAUUAUACUACUAUCAUGAGAAUUAUUCCUCUUUAUACGAAAUUGUUCAUAAUUAUUAUAAAUCCUAUUAUCAUCAAACAAUUACAAAGACUUGUUACACUCAUCUGACAUGCCGUCGUGGUUAUUCGCCAGCAUGUUUAGAUUGGACUGAGAUUUGUGAUGGUAAAGUUGAUUGUAUUGAUGGAGAUUAUGAUGAAGACCAUUGUUGGCAACUUGAAUUGAACGAAUGUGAACAGGAUGAGUACCAAUGUGCGAAUGGUCUAUGUAUACCGCGUGAAUUUGUUCGCGACGAUAAUCUGUAUCUUGAUUGUAUUGACACAUCCGACGAAAAGUUUAAAAGAACUAUUGAUUCUUGGCUGCCAUUGGUAGUCGAACCAGCUUUUGGAAUUGAUGAUAUCGUGUGUCACGAUAAGUUUAUUAGCAGCUCUUGUAUUUCAAAAUAUGAACUCUUAACACUAGAAUCGAUGUUUUCAGUCAAAGACCGUUUAGUGUCAGACGAAUGUUGGACAGCUUUUAAAUGCUAUUUUGCUUUUUCAACUCCACGAUUUCCCAAGAUCAAUAUCACGAUUAUUAAUGAAGAAUGUAUACCUAUCAUUAGAAAAGACUGCCCAGCUAUAUUAUAUAUUCCCAGUAUUCCCAUUUUCUUUGGCCAUGUUUAUACGGCUUUUAAGAAAAAUGAGUUGACUAAUUCGUUUGUUCCAUCAGUGCCGUAUUUGUGUUCGAACAAAUAUUUUUCUCAUAAUUUUGUACUAGAUUCUUCAUUGAACGAUACAACGUGCUUUAAAGCUGCUAAGUGGACGCAAAUAGUCCUGUUUGAUGAUUUAUCUCCUGUUUUCCGAUUUAGUACUUUUAUGGAAAUGACCUUUCAACAAAUUAAACUAUUUCAGCCGAUAGUUAACUUUCCAAUCGACCAAUAUAAUCAAUCUAACGUCUAUCAAUGUUCAAAUUCAUCAAAAUACAUCCCAUUUCAUCGUUUCCUCGACGCUGUAUUUGAUUGUCCAUACAAGGAUGAUGAAAAUAUAAUUGAGCAUAUCGAUCCUCAUCUACCGACGCAAUUCCAAAAUAAAUAUUACAAAUGUCACAUGACCAACAAAUAUAUCACUCAAUCCGCAAUAUCGAAUGGAAAAUGCGAUUGUGAGUAUGUUGAUGAGGCAUGCGAAGAUGAAGAUCUAUUUCAUAACUUUACUCGCCGAACCAUAUCUUUUCAGACGAUGUGUGAUGGUUUCCAAGAGUUAUAUCCAAUUACAAUCGAUGGUCAAAAUCAAACGGAUGAAACUCAAUGCGAGCCAUGGGAGUGUGAUAAUAUGUACACUCGAUGUGAUCAAAUAUGGAAUUGUUUAGACGGAAAAGACGAAAUGAAUUGUGACAAUUCACCACCAUUACUCAAUUGUUCUUCGGAUUCUCGAAUGUGUGUCACGUUAGACACAUAUCAGCUGAUAUGUUUGCCACUUCGUCAAAUCAAUGAUGGUCAAAUUCAUUGCCUUGGCGGUACUGAUGAACGAAUGUUAUGUCGACCUCCCUAUUCACGUAGUGAUGCAAAAUUUUAUUGUGUAAUUCAUCAUAACCGCCCACCAUGUAUCCAAUCUGGUGUUUUAUGUGAUGGCAAGGAGUUAUGUGCAGAUGGAGAAGAUGAACGAUUUUGCAACAAAAGUCAAUCAUUUCCGCUGGACACUGGUAUUUGCAAUGAGAAGUACGAACCAUUGAGAACUGAUGUUGAAAAGUUCUUAUUUGAUACGGUUAAAGGUAGACAAAAGGCAAAAAUAAAAUAUUUCCGAAUAACCGGAUUUUCUCAAUCAUCUGAUCAUGAAAUUAAUGAACAGAAGCCUACCAAUCAAAUCACUUUAGAUAACAAGAAGUCACUUUCACUCUUGGAUCUUCCUCGUUGUCAUCGUGGUCUCGAUGUACGCGUUUGGUUGAACCAAUCAUCUAACUUCUACACAAGGACAUGUUUUUGUCCUCCUACUUACUAUGGAAAACAAUGUCAAUACCAAAAUCAACGCGUCAGUGUAGUCAUGAGAUUUCAUGUUCCAGCGCAGUCGCGACGAACUCUAUUUGCCAUUCUAGUUAUGCUUAUCGAUGAUUCAAGUCAACGGACAGUUCAUUCCUAUGAACAAUUUACUUAUUUAUCCAUUCGAGAUUGCAAGAUUAAAUUUAAUUUUUACUUACUUUAUUCAACUCGACCCAAACGUUCAAAUCGGAGUUAUUCAGUUCAUAUUGAUGUCUAUGAAAGGUUCUCUCUUACAUAUCGAACGAGUUUCAUCUAUCCUGUCAAAUUCUCCUUCUUACCAGUUCAUCGCUUGGCAUNUCGUCAAAACUACAGACUCCAAUAUUCAGAUGAACGAUAUUUGACAAGUAACAUGCAGUAG